AAAACUAUUUUUCUCUUGCAGUUUUUCUUGAAAUGCAAGAUAUUGUCCUAAUGUAUUUGUCCAUUGUGAUGUCAUGAUCCAAUAUUUGUCAAGCUCAUAAUGCCUUGUAUGAAGUCAUCCACCACAGAUCAGGUAUAUCUAUUAGCACUGGGCCAUAAUACCAAUGGGUUCAGACUUUGAUGAUAUCAGCCAGCCAAAAUCAAUGAAGGGAAAAUGUGUCUUCAGUAAAACUGCAGUUAUAGCUUAUGUUGUGGUGACAUGCUUGGUGAUUGUUGCUGUUGGUUUAAUGGCUGGUCUGAUCAAUAAAGAUCAAACACCAGUCCAGGUUAUACCAGUAACCACUACAACCAAAGCAACACCUGCUGCAACAACAACUAUACAGCAGCAAACAACAGCUGUUGAAACCACAGUUGCGACGACCACUUCCCCGGGACCAUGGUCCAGUAUACGGUUGCCACCAUUUUUGGUCCCAACACACUACAUGGUUGAUUUAAAACCUCAAUUGGAACCGGAUCUAGAUGGUAUAUACCGGUUUUAUGGCAAAAGUCAAGCUGACUUCAUGGUCAGCCAUUCCACCAACUACAUUUACAUUCACAGCAAUAAGCUUAACUAUACCAAAGUGGAAGUUAGCCAAACUGGUGUUGCGGUCCAAGUGCAGCAAUGGUGGCUGUAUGAGCCCAACCAAUACCUUAUAGUAGAGCUGCAAUCAAACAUGACUGUAGGAUCAUCAUACACGCUUAUCACUGAGUUCCAUGGUGAAUUGGCAGAUGACUUAGGUGGUUUAUACAGAAGCAAAUACACCAAUGCUGCAGGGAAACCUGUUGUUAUAGCAACAACACAAAUGCAGCCAACUGACGCACGCAAAGCUUUUCCAUGUUUUGAUGAGCCUGCUUUGAAAGCUACAUUUGAUAUUUACCUUUCAUGGAAAAGCCCGUAUUUUGCCCUUUCAAAUACUCCACCAGUUGCACAAGAUUUGACAAACAUGUGGCCCGGCUACUCCACAACUCAAUUUAAUACCACGGUUAAAAUGAGCACGUACCUUCUUGCGUUUGUUGUGUGUGACUUUGAUUCUGUGGAAGAUCCAGUUAAUUAUGGAGUGCAGGCGAAGAUCUAUGCUCGCCCUGCACAAAUAUUGGAAGGCAACGCAAAUUAUUCUGCGAAAAUUACGCCAGAAAUUCUCAAAUAUUUUGAAGAGUAUUUCAAUGUUGCUUAUCCACUUGCAAAAUCAGACCAGAUAGCUGUUCCUGACUUUGCUGCCGGCGCUAUGGAAAACUGGGGGUUAGUUAUAUAUAGAGAAACAGCUCUAUUAUACAACCCACAAGUCAACUCCGCUUCAAAUCAACAGAGAGUUGCUGCUGUCGUGGCCCACGAACUCGCUCACCAGUGGUUCGGAAACUUAAUAAGCCCUCUAUGGUGGGACGAACUUUGGUUGAACGAGGGGUUCGCAAGUUAUGUGGAAUAUCUAGGAACAAAUCAAGUAGAGCCUACAUGGGAAAUGAUGGAUCAGUUCACUGUAUCUGACCUUCAGCGCGCGUUAAACUACGAUGGAUUAGUCAGCUCUCGUCCAAUAGUUGCGGAGAAUGUGAAGACGCCCUCCGAUAUUAACGCAUUGUUUGACACUAUCUCUUAUUCUAAGGGAGCCUGUAUUAUAAGAAUGAUCAACCAGUUUGCUGGCGAUAAUGCUUUCAAACUUGGCUUGGAGAAUUACUUGAAAGAGUAUGCUUAUGGACCUGUUGAUCAUAACCAGCUGUUCGCAUUCUGGUCUGCUGCCAUAACCAGCACAGGAGGUACCAACCCUGACCCUAGCUUUGCGACAGCUAUGCAAUCAUGGACCUUACAGAUGGGAUACCCUGUUGUUAAAAUGACAAAGGUUGGUACAAGUGUUACUGUUACGCAAGAAAGGUUCUUGCUGGAUCCAAAGGCAGAUAAAACUCAACCACCAAGUAACUUUGGUUACAAAUGGACGAUCCCGUUAUGGUAUGUCAACCAAUCAGAUACAACUUAUAUUACAAUGGAAUGGGUUUAUCCUGAUCAAGCACACACAAUUGAUGGUUUGGGAGCAACUGAUUUUGUGAUUGGAAACUACGGUGGUUAUGGAUAUUAUUUAGUUAAUUAUGAUGAUGCAAACUGGAGGAAAAUCAUCAGUCAGCUGAAUACUAAUUAUACGAAAAUUGAAGUGAAAACAAGAGGCCAACUGAUCUAUGAUGCUUUUAGUUUGGCAAGGGCUGGGAAACUUCACUAUAACAUCACGCUUAGCACGACAGAGUAUCUUGUCCAAGACUUCCAUUAUGUACCUUGGGAAAGUUGUUUGGAUUCAUUGGCAUACUUAGAUCAGAUGCUAGGAAGGUCUAAGGUUUAUGGAGUGUUUUCUAAUUACAUAUCGAAGUUGGUCGCUCCACUUUAUAACAGCCUUACAUGGAUAGAUACUGGCUCACAUUUGCAACAAUACCAACGAAUAAACGCGAUUGGUGCAUCUUGUCGAUAUGGCAACCCAGGAUGUAUUGGUAAUGCAACCAAUCAAUUCUCACAAUGGAAAACAACAUCUACUAACAGCAUCACACCCAACCUGCGAACCACAGUAUAUUGCAAUGCCAUCGCGUACGGUGAAACGGGAGAUUGGGAUUUUGUGUGGGAGCAAUAUAAAGUGGAGAGUAACUCACAGGAGAAAGCGAAACUGGAGUAUGCGCUUUCGUGUACAAGGACACCAUGGGUCAUAAAAAGGUUUCUUGACUACAUACUUGAUGAAAAUGGUUUCGUGCGGAAACAAGAUGCUUCCAGUGUCCUCCAGGAUCUUUGCUAUAAUGAAUACGCAAGGGAUAUCACAUGGGAUUACAUAAGGCAACGAUGGGAUUAUAUUUAUAAUGUGUAUGGCACUGGUUUCUUUUCAUUCAGUGGUAUCAUUAGUUCAUGUACUUCACAUUUCUCCACUGAGUUUGAACUGCAGGAGCUGGAAUCUUUCAAAGCAACAAAUUCGGACAAACUUGGAUCAGGAGUUGACACUGUAGACCAAUCACUUGAGAAAACACGAACAAAUAUACAAUGGAGAGCUGAUUAUGAAGAUACUAUAUUUGCAUGGCUGUCUGAUAAUACACCUUAAUUAUUAUAUAGUGGGGUGGGGGAGAUGAUGAGACACCUUUAGCACAUAAUAUCCAAAUAUCCUGAUCAUGUUUAAAAAAAUUAACAAUUGCCUGUGUGUAAUGUUUAUUUCUAGAACCAAUUUUCUGCUAUAAAAAUAAGAAACUACAAAAAUUAGAAUAAAUUUAUAAUUAUUGAUGUAAUGGCAGUCGCUAUGACACGCUUAUGACAAAACAGAAGUACAAAACUUAUCCGUUUAAAGUCAUGACCAUUAUACUCUAAAAGUCUAGCUAUAUGGUAGAUGAAAUGAUUGUUUAAUAAACCUAAAUCUAUGACAUUUUUUAUCCCAGAAGAGUAGUUAUUAAAAAAAUCCUAACAAUGAAUUUAAAUAAAAACAAUUAUCUUUAUAAUGACUGAAAUAUAUUUAAAUCUGUAAAUAUUCUGCACAAGUUAAUGUACAUAUGUUUGUUUUUAUAAACUUAUAACUAGGAUCUGAAAGUUAAUGAAAUAAAUAACCUUACAUGACGUUCCUAUUGUUUAUAAAGUUCAACUUUUUAAUUCGUUUUAAUUUCUUCAAUAUCCGUUUGUGCUUAUCAUGAAAUAAAUUCAACACCAAAACUGUU